ACGAAGGCGUGAAAUUUCGUGUGAGUCGAUGAUGUGAUUUUAAUAUCUUAGUCGCCGAAAAAAGUCAGCUGGUCUGUUCCUCAAAGAAGCAUUCCUAGUCUUACUUCUUGUCUUCAACUCUUCCAAAAUUCCCAAACCAGAAACCUCAGAUCUUAAACACACAGUACAAGAUUUAUAAUCAAAACUCAUCUCUGUUUCCCACUCUAUCCAAAACCCUAAUUUUUGGACCCAAACUUACUCAAGAUGUGUAGAUUUGGAAUUCUUGUUGUUGUAAUUCUAGGUCUUCUUUCAACAACUGUUCAAUCUAUUCGUUUUGAGAUUCAAUCUGGUCAUACAAAAUGUAUAUCGGAAGAAGUUAAAACCAACGCUAUGACUGUUGGUAAUUACCAUAUUGUUAACCCAACUGAAACUCAUCCUUUACCUGAAUCUCACAAAAUUACUGUCAGGGUUACGUCGUCUUUUGGGAACAAUUUACAUACUGGUGAUCUCGUUGAAUCUGGAAAAUUCGCAUUUACGGCUCCUGAAACUGGUGAUUACAUGGCUUGUUUUUGGGCUGUUGAACAAAAACAACCAGUUACAUUAACAGUUGACUUUGAAUGGAAAACUGGUUAUGCUGCUAAAGAUUGGCCGAACGUUGCUAAGAAGGGCUCCGUUGAUGUCAUGGAAAUGGAGCUGAAGAAGUUGGAGGAUACUAUUCAAGCUAUUCAUGAUGAAAUGUUUUAUCUUCGCGAGAGGGAAGAAGAGAUGCAGGAGUUGAAUAAAUCAACCACUAGCAAAAUGGCCUGGUUUGGGUUCCUCUCUCUCUUUGUCUGCCUAUCAGUUGCAGGCUUGCAGUUAUGGCAUUUGAAAAGCUUCUUUGAGAGAAAGAAGCUCUUGUAAUUGUGCUGUUUCCAGUGCUCGUACAAGGCUCAUGUUACUCUUUUCUGUAGCGACUGUAUACUUACUUCUCAGCUACUUUCACAAUUAUAUUUAUUUUCAGAGAAACGCAUAAAAAUCCCUUUAGUUUCAUCUGGGUGUUUCUUUAAAUAUGAAAUGUUCCUCAACUAUUACAACAAAAAAAUAUUCUACUUCAA